GGCAGCAAGCAGAGAGUGACUGGGGCAGCGAGGGGGACCUGGUAGGUGCUGCCCCACAACACUGCGGCGAGGGGCAUGCACCCGGGCAUACACUUUUCACAUGCACUCGUCGUGUUUCAGACGAUAACAUUCGGAGAGGGGGAUUGUGGGGGUGGGCCGCGGGCCCUGACUGGGGUUAUCCUGCGGGGUUCCUCACCUUAGUAACCACUGACCAGGGCCCAGCUGACCCACCGGUCUAGCCCGCCCACAACCCUGCUGCUAGCCCACUAGGUGCCCUCACCCCUGCCCACUGAUCACUACUGACAAUUAGGUAACAGUUUCUAGUAAAAAUCACGAGUAUUUAUCACGGCACGACUCUCAAAAACGUCAGGCCACGAGGUAUUUUUGCUGCAGGCGCCGUGUCUGCCGCACUGCUCGCGGUGCUUGUGUGAUCUUUGUGUCGUGCUUGUGAACUUGUCGUGCGAGACUCGUGUCUCCGGACCUCCUGUAGCAGGGUACCCGUCACUGUAACCAGUAGCGACAGUAGGGUGUUGCGUAGGGCAUCCAGGCAAGCAGAUCCGGGCGUGGAGGACGGAGUACCCAUGGCAGAUACUGGGCGUGGAGCGUGAACGCCCUGACUCCUCGCACCCAGCCCUGUCCGUCAUACCUCACCUCCGGUCACCAGCGCCCCUCUGCCCUGUCCAUAGAUCCUGUCUGAGGGUGGACUACCUCCUAGGACCACCAGGUGGACACAUCCUCUACCAACACGCCCUCAUCCGCCUCCUUGAUCAUACACGACGCCCCUCACCCUCGAGACUGUUUAUGUGGGCGUCAGCAGACCACAGCAGCAACAACUUAACCGUGACUGCUGCCGACGACCUGCCUGAUGGGCACUUGGUGAUGAUGCAAUAUUAGGCGCGUGCUGCACUGACCCCUCCACCACCUGCCCUCGGUCCUCCACCACCUGCCCUUUUCUCUCCACCAUCUGCCCUCCACCACCUGUCCUGCUCACCUGCCCUAUACCCUCUACACUCCACCACCUGCUCCAUCUACAGUAACGCUCCACAACCACCUAUCAUAGACAGAAAGCACAAUGGAUCUACCUAACGGGCGAGUGGGCGGGCAUCACGGCCACCCGCCCACGCCCCACAUGCCCGCCCACGCCCACCACCACCACCACUAUCCCGGCCACCUGCCAGACUUCCUCAGGUACCACCAGCCUCCGCCGCCCAUGCUCUACCGCACGGUGGAGAAGAUGUGGGGAGGAGGCGGUCCUGGGGGAGGAGGUGGAGGCGGCGGAGGCGGAGGGCUGCCUGGAGGUCCCUUGGGCGUGGGUGGAGAAGGUCCUCCUCCUCAUUCUGUGCCUCCCCACGACGCCCAAGACCUCAAGAAGACUACCCCGACGCCCCCGCCAGUAGCGCCAGCAGUAGCAGCAGCAGCAGCGGCGGCGGUGGCGGCGGCGGCGGCCUCAGCCUCAGCCUCAAAUACGCCGCCCGCACCACCCACGCCUAUGGACACCACCUCGCACUUGCCCGCCAUGCUCUCCCACCUCACCCAGGGCCUGAGCACCAUAAGUAACACUCAAAGAGACUCGCCCACGCCGCAACAUAACACGCCCACUCCACACGCGCCUCCGCCCGCACCGCCGUCGCCCACGCCCAUGGACGCGCACGCACACGACGUACAGAAGAUGGUAAGUACAAGCAUCAUUUACUGUGAGCAUGAGAGGGAAAGGUGA